UCGAAAACCAAUACCCAAAGCCGCAAUUAGCCUCUCUGACCCCUCUCUGCCGCCCGAGAAAACAGAGGCCGCGUUCCGAUCUAGCAGAGCCCAAGACUGCUCCGUUCCGCGGCGGCUUCCUUUCCCAUUCCAUUCCCUCCUCCGCGCAGCAGCAAUCAUGUGUCCCGGCGGCAAGUACGCGGGCCUCGACCACCCCGCAGGCGCGGGUGACCUGCGGCCGGCGUUCGACGUGCUGGACGCGGACCGCGACGGCCGCAUCAGCCGCGACGACCUCAAGUCCUUCUACGCCAACACCGGCGGCGCCACCAGCGACGACGACAUCGCGGCCAUGAUCGCCGCCGCGGACGCCGACCGCGACGGCUUCGUGCAGUACCACGAGUUCGAGGGCCUCCUCGGCCGCGCCACCGGCGCCGCCGCCAAGGGCGCCUCGGGCGGCUGCACGUCCGCGAUGGAGGACGCGUUCCGCCUCAUGGACCGCGACGGGGACGGCAAGGUCGGCUUCGAGGACCUCAAGGCCUACCUCGGCUGGGCCGGCAUGCCCGUCGACGACGACGAGGUCCGCGCAAUGAUCAGCGUCGCGGGAGACGGUGACGGUGGCGUGGGGCUCGAGGCGCUCGCCAGAAUACUCGCCGUGGACUUUGAGGCCGCCGCGUGAGGUUCUAAAAUAGUCCGGAGAAUGUGUAAAAAAAAAACACUGAAACUUGAUUUUUUGGGACCUUUUCCCCGAAAUUUGGUUGGUGGGGAUGAGCAGGAUGUUGAUUCAGCGGUUCUCGUUAGUCGUGAGUUUUGUCUGUAUCGUAGUAACAGCUGUUACACCUUAAUUAAAGAAAAUUUAUCCUGCA